AUGACUCUGGUGUCCUGCUCAAGCAUUUUUGACGCCACAUGUGACGUUGUUGUGUUCGUCAACGAUGCAAUUCGAAAUCUUGGCGAUUCAUUGAUUUCUAUUGAAAAAGCCAUCGCGGACUUCGAGAAGAUUAAUCCCCGAAUCUCCGAGUCCUUAGAACUUUUUGCUUUUCCUGAUCAUCCCUGCAAAAGACUAAUUUUCUCUCCAACCGGCAAACUUAAUGGAGAUACAGAUGACAGCCGAAACAUCUCCGACGCGGCUUUCAAUGGUCUCAAAAAGGUUGUUUCAAUUGGAUGUCGUAAACCUUUACUUGUGCUUGGGCCCCUAACUUCUGCACCAACGGAUGCUGUGUGGACGCAGGAUGACUUUCCUCUUCUGAACGCCAUACUUGGGUCUCUUCAUUGUUUAUACAAUCCUCUUGAGUUGCGUGAGGCCUUUCCAGAGAAACCAAGCAAGUUCGACCUUCUUAGUGUCUUUGGAGCUUCGGAGAAGUUGCUAAAUAUUGCCUACGCAAUUGAAGAGGGGCGGCGCGUUUCUCGCGAUAUUGCUGCUUCUGAUCCAGAGCGGAUGGCUGCUCCCCGUAUCGUCGAAUACAUCUAUGAGGAACUGGGAAAAUCUGCGGAAGUCAGUCUGACGGUCACGGAGGUCGGGAGUGAAGCAUACCCCCUAAUGGCUGCCGUAAACAGAGCUGCCUCAGGUAUUACGCGCCACAAUGGAAAGGUUGUGCAUAUGGUGUAUGAGGGCAGCUCACACGUAGACACGAGCCUGUAUCUCGUCGGCAAGGGAAUCACUUUCGAUACUGGUGGUUGUGACGUCAAAGCCGGGGGUGUCAUGGCAGGCAUGCAUCGGGACAAGAGUGGUGCUGCUGCGAUUGCCGGUUUCUUCAAGACUCUGAGUUUGCUCAAGCCAACUGGCCUCCGUGUCUGUGGCUCACUUGCCCUUGUUCGCAACAGCAUUGGCUCAAACGGCUACGUUGCUGACGAAAUCAUCACUUCUCGUGCUGGCAGACGUAUCCGCAUAGGUAAUACCGAUGCGGAGGGACGAAUGGCUUUGAAUGACGUCAAUCCGUUUAUCUUCACCGUUGCUACCCUGACCGGCCAUGUGGUCUCUUCUUACAAAUGCUACACUGCUGUCAUGGAUAAUGGUCCUGCACGAAAACAAGGCGUAGCGAAGAAUCUGCAGAGAGCGGGUGAACGCGUUUCCGACAUGACUGAGAUUUCUACCGUCCGGAGAGAGGACUUUGAAUUCGUAAGGGGUCGCACAGAAUAUGAGGACCUCCUUCAAUGCAACAAUAAACCAAGUAGCCUGACACCUCGUGGACAUCAGUUCCCUGCGGCUUUUAUGAUUGUCGCCAGUGGUCUGGAUGAAUACGGAUUGGGCUGUGAAAAACAGUUGCCGUACACCCAUAUCGACAUCGCAGGAGGUGCUGGUUUAAUUGACACCCUCUCGACUGGCAGCCCCCUCAUGAUGUUUACCAGCAUGUACGUCCUUCCUCGACUCUGA